UCUCUUUUCCUUGCUUUAGGUACUUGGUGUUGGUCUCCACCAUGAGGCUUUUCAGAGGACCCGCUCCUCUCCUUCUCUUGGUGUUCCUGGCAGCUUUGGUCACCCAAAUGGAUGCGGCCAAGCAACCUCCUGCCGUCAGGCAGAGGUACAUCCACUUCCUGAACCAGCAUCGGGACAAAUCCAACGCAAACACCGGAGGAAGGUACUGCAAUGAUAUGAUGGCGAAACGAAGGUUGACCAAGCACAACUGCAAGGACAAGAACAGCUUCAUCCACGCCACCGACACGGCCAUCAAAGCCGUGUGCGGAGACAGAGGGGAGCCCUAUGGGACCAUGCGCCUGAGCUGCGAGGCCUUCCGCGUCACCACCUGCGACUUGAAAGGAGGGUCGACCCGCCCGCCCUGCGACUACAGGCACGACAACCGGCCCCGCUAUAUCGUCAUCGCCUGCGAGGAAGGCUAUCCCGUCCACUUCGACGAAGGCAAGGUCAUCAUAAAUCGACCCCAGCCGUGUAAGAGAUAAACCGGGCAGCGUUCCUCUCCCGCUGUGUCCAUUUCUCCU